CAAAUUCAUUCAACUCCGUCGAUCCCCAGAGCAAAAACAAGCAUUAAUGCAGAUGAAUCCUGACUGCUGAGGUUACGGCUGAGAAGUUUCUUGUCUUCACCAACGAUGUGGAACCUUCAAAACCUGCAGCUCAUGUUGUGCACAGCUCUGAGCUGUGUGAGCGGCGCCGCAGGUUUGAUCCGUGUGUUUGGAUACGAGGGGAGCGAUGUGACGGUUUCCUGUCCAUACGAUCCAGGAUAUGAGAGAUACCAGAAGUACCUGUGUAAGAACAGCUGUGGCUACAGUGAUUUUCUCAUCAAGACCUCACAAGAAAAUGAAACCAAAUACUCCGUUUACGACGACAAAAGAGCAAGAGUCGUCGCAGUGACCAUCUCUGGUCUUCGUUUGGAGGACGCCGGGGAAUAUUGGUGUGGAGUGACCAGAGCAGGAAAAGACAUCUACACUGAAGUAAAGCUGGACGUAAAAGCAGACAGAUGUUGCAACACGACGAAUAAAAUCCAAAGUACUGAGGAAGGUUCAGUGACCAUCAGCUGUCCGUACGACUCUCAGUCUGUCGACAAGCUGAAGUUCUUCUGCAGAGGAAACCGGCCCUCCACAUGUCGACAGCAGGCAGUGAUCAACUCUAGAAACACACAAGAUGGACGAUUCAGACUCUCUGAUGACAGGAAGUCAAGAAUAUUCACAGUGACCAUUUCCAGUCUGACCCUGAAGGAUUCUGGGUCGUAUCUUUGUGGAGUCCAGAGAAUCUCAGGAUUUGAUGUUUUCUCUGCCCUUGAGCUGGAGGUCAAAGAAAAAGGAGAACAAAAUGCCAGAGGAGAAAAAAACCUCGAGGUUCUGCCACCUAGCAUCAUGACAGAAGUGCAUCAGCAUCAGAGCAGCAUUACUACCACACCACCAGCAUCAGAGGAACAGGAUGAAGGUGUAUCAGAACCACGACUCCAUAGUGAUGAGGUCACAGCAACAACACGCCAGCCGUCACUUUAGUGAUGUGGAUGAAGACGAACUUGACUAUGAAAACAUCACAGCAGAGGACAUCUACGGCAACGAGAGUUUCCAUAAAUUUAAGUGACGGAGAGCAGUUUAACGCUUCACUAAUACACAGAGAGUUGGUUUUAAUUUUGCGGCUUCUCUGAAACACUCAGAAAGGAAUAUU